AUGCUACGCGAGCAAAUGAGAGAGGUGGACCUUCUGAUUCUGGGCGCUGGAUGGACGUCCAACUUUUUGAUACCUGAAUUAGAGGACACCGACAUAAGCUAUGCCGCAACCACGACUACUGGAAGAGAUAACACGAUACCAUUCAAGUUCGACCCCAGUUCCGGCGAUGCGGAACCAUAUAAACGCCUUCCCGCGGCGCAAACCGUGAUCAUCACGUUCCCGCUUGUGGGACAUACGCAGUCGAAGACCAUCGUCGGCCUUUACCGCUCCGUUCACGGCGCAAAAAACAAUUGGGUGCAGCUAGGCUCUACAGGCAUCUUCAAUAAGUUACCCGAUGACUGGAGCGAUGAUAAUGCGCCGUAUGACAAAGAAGACAAGCGAGCGAUCGCGGAAGACGAAUUACUCUCGCUUCACGGUUGUGUGCUAAACCUAUGUGGCCUAUACGGAGGCGAACGCGUGCCCUUCAGGUGGCUCCCUCGCAUAGUUCAGUCGAAAGACGAUGUGCGGAAGCGAGGAGCCGUGCAUUUCAUCCACGGCGAGGAUGUUGCGCGCGCCAUUAUUGCAACCCAUCGGAGGUUUACCCCGGGGAAGCGAUGGAUUGUUGCUGACCUGCGCGUCUACGACUGGUACGAUCUCAUCAUGAGCUUCAGCGCUAUGGUCGAAUCGUCCAUGAGUAAAGAGGAGGCGGAGACACGUCAGGAAUAUGGCAAAUGGGUGGGAGAACUCAUGGAGGAAGAGGGAAUUCGUGCUCUGCCACGUGAUAUGCAUACCUUGGGCAGGAAGUUGGACUCUAGGGGCUUCUGGCAUCACCAUGGGCUCUGGCCUCGUCACAAGCGGCUGGCAUAG